ACCGACUGAGUCACAACCAUUCUCGCAGUACAAGCAUGCCGUUCAUGUCGUCGGCGACGGCGCCGACAUCCGUGGUCGGGAUCGGGCCCAUGUCCCACGUCGUCCGCGCCAAGCAACGGCCGCGGCUGGAUGCGUUUCUGCGGCGCGUGGACUUUGUCAUUGGCCUCGUCGUUGUCGUGCUGGUUGCGAUCGAUAGCGUCGCCAACAACUGGGAAAUCAACGCUUUUGUCGGCGACGCGUACGCCUUCACGACGCCGGUCGCCACCGUCUCGCAUGCGUCGGACCUCGCGGCGCAGUAUAGCUUUCCUGUCGCCCGCGGGUUGGACGAUGUGUCCAAAAUCGGGUUUUGGAUGGUCAAUUAUACAGUUCACGCCAUGGUGACCAAGAGCCCGGACCUCUACGUGCUCUCGGUCGGGUCGUUUCCGCUCACGCCAAGCAUCGACCAGUGCAAGAUCUUGCGCGCCACGUACCCGCAUGACGUGGCCGCGUCACCGAUCGCCCGACUCGGAUUUGCCUCGAACGUCGUGACGUACUUUCGGGGCAAUACCUUCUCGCAUGCUUUUCAAUCCGAUGCAACGGUGAACUUGCCGACCGCAAGCAUGAACGACGUCCAGCUGCGCGCUCUCGGGUAUGUGCCCGGGCGCACGGGCACCGACAUGCGGCUCACAACGGGCGUUGCCGUGGCCAACGUGUCGUAUGCCCAGAACCUGCUCGUAGCGUUCUACAAGAUUUCACCACGGAGCUUUUGCACCGGGUGCCCGCCGGUGACGGAGCUCGGGUACGGGCAGUGCAACGUGACGCUCUUGUACAACGACAGUACCAAGCAAGUGGUGAUCUCGAGCAGUGUCAACCACUUUGGCUCGAUGUACAAGGUCGGUGUCUUGCUGCCGCAGUCGGGCUUUUCGUCGGCGUCCCACUAUGUCAAGUUGACGGCGAUUUUCUUUGCUGUUGGCGGGUACCUUGCGGGCCGUCGCACGGUGCAGUGGAUCGACAUGGAAGCGCUCUUGGCCAACGCCGACUCGAUUUUUUCGAAAAUUUUGCGCACGAUUUCGCCGAAGUACUUUCCGUACCCGAGUUUGGCGCUGCGCUUUGAUAUGUUUUGCUACAAUUCCGACAUUUUCGUGUUUCUCUUUGCGAUUGGCGUGCUCCUCGACAUUGGCAACUGCCUCAUGUACCUGCGCGUCAUCAAUCUCUUCAACGCGCCGUCGCCGAAUAUUGUGUACAACAUUCAGCAAUAUGCGCUGAGUACCCGUCUCUUGUGGAUCAAUUGCGCGGUGCUCAAAGUGCUCAAAAUUCUGUGCAACCUCGUGACGACGUCGACGUACAAUGGCGAAAACAAGCUCAUGCGAUUCCUCAACUUGACCAACGUCACGUCUUUGUACAUUAGCGCGAUCGUGCUGAUGUACGUGCCGCCGUUCAUCGAGUACUCCAACAGCGUCAUCUUUGACCUGAACCACAAGGUGCAGAACCUCGAUGACAUCCACGUCCUCGCCUUUGACAGCUUUUACCUCCGCUGGGCAAGAGACGACACGAUUGACCGCUAG